UGGGCAUAUAGCCAAAGAGUGUCCUACUUGGAGGACCAUGCUUAUUCUUGAUGAUGGCACUGUUCAAGAACAAGAAAGUGAACCAGAAGAUGGCAAUGAAAAAGAACUUGAUCAUGGUCUUGAGAAACCGGAAGGAGAAGAGGAGGAUGAUCUGCCCGAAAUGUUUCUUGUGGUGCGGAGAAAUUUGAGCACUAUAAGCUUGGAAAAUGAAGAAGAUGUGCAAAGGGAGAAUCUUUUUCAUGCUAGGUGUAGGGUAAAGGGGAAGGUUUGUUCAUUGAUUGUGGAUGGAGGAAGUUGUGCUAAUGUUGCUAGCCAAACUUUGGUUGAGCAAUUGAAACUGCCUACAUUGAAACAUUCCCGACCCUACCGAUUACAAUGGCUCAAUGAGUGUGGUGAAUUGCGAGUUACAAAGCAGGUUUUGGUUAAGUUCAAGAUAGGAGCUUACCAAGAUGAGGUAAAAUGUGAUGUGGUACCAAUGCAGGCAUGCCAUUUACUUUUGGGAAGGCCGUGGCAAUAUGACAGAGCUGCGAUUCAUGAUGGCCGAGUCAACACAUAUGCAGUUCAAAGUGAAGGUAAGUGA